AUGAAGCUCGAGGAAGAAAUAGCAGCGAAGCUGAGGCAAGAAUGUGGACUGCAGCACCUUGCGGACCGCAGACAGCACCAGCUGCUGGAGCUGGAGGGGCAGUGCGCCCAGCAGCAGCUGCGAGUAGAGCAGCUGACGCGCCAAGUAGAGGAGCUCUCGACUCUCUGUAGGCACCUGGAAAUUGACAGAGGCGCUGCGCAUCGAACUGCCCAGGAGGCUCAGACCCUUGCAGCAGAGGCCACCUCUCGCCUCCAGGCGGUGGAAGAUUCUCGUGAUGGAGUUAACGCCGAGCUGGACCGCCUGCGCGCAAAUGAGUCAAUUUGUGUGAAGCAGCUGGAGGCCCUGGAGAAGCAGCAGCAGCAGACAGAAAGAGACUUAGCAGUGGCAGAGGCUGAGAGACAGAGGCAGGCGCAGUACAUCAUCAAGCUGGAUGCAGAGACGGACAGGAUAAAGGAAAAGCUAGACACUACAGCUAGCCAGCUAGCCACGGCGGAGACACAGCUAGCUGCGGCUGUGCGGAGGGAGGAGGAGACGCGCAGAGAAGCAGAACGCGCCAAAAAUAGGGCUGAAGCAGCAGCAGCAGCAGCAGAGACUAGGCAUCAGCAGACGUGUGCGCAGCUGCAGCAGAAGCUAGAGGCGCUCCAGCAGGAAACAGCAGAUGCAGCAGCAACACUCAUAAGGAAAGAGACGCAAAUCGACGAGCUUCUGCUGCAAGUCAGCGGCCUGCAGGGGCAGGUGCAGCAGCAGACAGCGCAGCGGGAGGCCCUGGAGGAAGCAGCAGCAAAGGACAAAGAGCUGCGGCAGCAGCAGCAGGAGCGGCUACUGCAACUGAAGCGCACUGAGGAUGCACUUCGCGCUGCCAAUGCAGAGGCUGAAGCUCAACUAGUUGCUGAAAGGCAUGCCAGAAAAAGAGAUUACGAUUUGCUGCAACAAAUCCUUACUGAAAAGGGAGAGGCGAUACAGCAGCGCGACUUGCUGCAGCGCGAAGCAGCAACAGCAAAGGCUGAGCUUCAGCAGCUGCAACAGCACGCGCAGAUACUGCAGCAGCGCAUAACAGAUGGAGAGACACGUGAACAGAAACUGAGAGAGGAAGCAAGGCAACAACAGCAGCAGCAACUAGAGAGGGAGAGCCAAAACUUGAAGCAGCACUUAGAUGACCGCAGCAAGGUAGAAGACACACUGAGAUUGGCACAGGAAAAGCUUAAAAAUGCUACUCACGAGCUCCUCGAGCAGCAGCAGCAUGCGCGUCAGCUGCAGCAGCUGCUGGAACAGGAGCAGGAGCAGCAUCGGCAAGCACAGGCCAAAGCAGCCCAGCUGCAGCAGCAAUUGCAGCAGCAAGAGCUGCAGAAACAGCAAGAGAUGCGCCAACAAGAGCUUCAGAAGCAGCAGGAGCUGCAGCAGCAGCAACGCGAGGCAAUGCAACAACAGCAACAGCUGCAGCAGCAGCUGCACAAACAGCAGCUGGAGGCACAGCAACAAAUUGACAAGGUAGAGCAACAGCUGGCCAGUGAAAAGCAGAAGACCAAAACUGCCGAGGCAGCCUUGACAGCGCUGCAGCACGAAAAGGCAGCAGAGAGCAACGCAGCAGCAGCAGCAGCAGAGGAAGCGCAGCAGCAGCAGAAAGCAGCAGCAGAAGAAGCCAAAGCCAUGGGAACAGAAGUACAGCAGCUCAAGGAUACGGUCUCUUCUUUGAAGAAACGCCUCACGCAAUUACAGGGGGAGAGAGAUGCGGCCGACAAGAAGCUGAAGGAAGUGGAAGAGCAGCAGGAGCAACUGCAGCAGCAGAAACAGCAGCUCCAGCAAGAGCUUCAGCAGCAGCAGGAGCAGGCUACAAACGCGAAGGAGGAACUAAAGAAGCAUAAAGAUGCUGCAAAUAAGGACGCGGAAAAGCGUGAGAAGGAGCGCAAGGAAUUGCAACAGCAGGUGCAGCAGCUGCAGCAGCAACAGCAGCAGCUGCAGGAGCAAGCCUCACAAGCAACUACCAAGGCAACAUCUUCCAGUGAAAUUUUGAAGACAGAAGCUGCCGCGAAGGCUGAGCUGCAGCAGCAGCUGAAGCAGCAGACAGCAGAGAAGGAGAACCUGCAAAAAAAGCUAGCUGAGGUGCAGCAGCAGCUCAAGCAACAGCAGCAGCAACUGCAGGAGGCCAAGGAAGCUGCUGCCACAGCCGCAGCAAGCGCAGCAGCAGCAGCAGCAACAGCAGCUGCAGGGAAGCAGCAACAACAGCAAAAGAAAGAGGGGGAGUCCUCAGACAACCAACAGGAUGCGGAGGAAGCAGCAGCAGUAGCAGCAGCAAUGGCAGCAGAGGACAUAAAGGGUCUUAGCCAAAUAAUAGAAAAAAAGAACGAAAGAUUCAGACAAGCAAGGGAUAGGCAUAUGGAGGUGGUGGAGAGAUACAACAAACUUGUGCAGAAAUACAAUACUCUUCUAGAUGAUCUUGAAAAGUUCAUCAGGGACCCUAAUGUCAGGUCUCCCACCAUAGACCGCGUGUGGACUUCAAUAUACAAAACAAACAAAUCAGAAGGAUGGAACGCUGGUUUGCUGCAGGCGGCCUCAGGCACCUUUUCCUGGAGUGUCAAGGGAUCUUCUCAAGACAAGACUCCCAAGGAAAGUUCCAAGAAAGAUUCCCAAGUGGAUUCAAAGGAAAGCCCCCAAGAAACCCCUAAGGGGGACAACAAAGACAAGAGAAAAGAAAAGGCUUCGAAGGAAGACUCCACGGGGACCCUCAAAAGGGCCCUUUCGAAAAGUUCGCGCCCGCCGCCGCGCCGCAGCGGAGCCUUUCCUUCUUCCGAAGACGACAAGGGCAAGAAGUCUGAAGCAGCAGCAGCAGCAGAAGCAGCAGCAGCAGAUGCAUCGAAGGAGCCAGACACUCCCCGCAGCGGGGCCUCAACUCCCCCAGAAGAACAAACCGGAGGAGGCGGCUGGUUCUCAGGGUGGUUCUAG